AUGUCUAGCAAAACCACCAUCAGGAGCCAAAGCAGCAGCCGCAGGGGCUUCAGCUCUGGCUCAGCCAGAGUGCCUGGGCUGAGCCGCUCUGGCUUCAGCAGUGUGUCUGUGUGCCGCUCCAGGGGCAGCGGUGGCAUCGGGGCAGUGGGCGCAGGCUCUGGUUUUGGCAGCAGGAGCCUCUAUGGCCUGGGCAGCUCAUCGAGGAUCUCCAUGGCAGGGGGCAGCUGUGGCAUCGGAGGUGGAUAUGGCAGCAGAGUUGGAGGCAGCUGUGGCUUUGGAGGUGGAGCCGGCAGUGGAUUUGGUUUUGGCGGUGGUAGCUUUGGGCUCGGUGGUGGCGGCGCUGGCUUUGGUGGUGGCUAUGGGGGCUCAGGCUUCCCCGUGUGCCCUCCUGGAGGCAUCCAAGAAGUUACCAUCAACCAGAGUCUCCUGACUCCUCUCAACCUGGAAAUCGACCCCACCAUCCAGAGGGUGAGGACCGAGGAGCGUGAGCAGAUCAAGACCCUCAACAACAAGUUUGCCUCCUUCAUCGACAAGGUGAGAUUCCUGGAACAGCAGAAUAAAGUCCUGGACACCAAAUGGGCCCUGCUGCAGGAGCAGGGCACCAAGACUGUGAGGCACAACCUGGAGCCUUUGUUCGAGCAGUACAUCAACAACCUCAGAAGGCAGCUGGACUCCAUCACUGGGGAGCGAGGCCGCCUGGACUCUGAGUUGAGAGGCAUGCAGGACGUGGUGGAGGACUACAAGAACAAAUAUGAAGAUGAAAUCAACAAACGCACAGCAGCAGAGAAUGAAUUUGUGACCCUGAAGAAGGAUGUGGAUGCUGCCUACAUGAAUAAGGUGGAACUGCAAACCAGGGCAGACGGUCUCAGGGAUGAGAUCAACUUCCUGAGAGCCUUAUAUGAUGCUGAGCUGUCUCAGAUGCAAACCCACAUCUCAGACACUUCUGUGGUCCUGUCCAUGGACAACAACCGUAACCUGGACCUGGACAGCAUCAUUGCAGAGGUGAAAGCCCAAUAUGAAGAGAUUGCUCAGAGGAGCCGUGCUGAGGCUGAGUCCUGGUACCAGACCAAGUACGAGGAGCUGCAGGUCACAGCAGGCAGACAUGGGGAUGACCUGCGCAACACCAAGCAGGAGAUUGCUGAGAUCAACCGCAUGAUCCAGAGGCUGAGAUCCGAGAUCGACCACGUCAAGAAGCAGUGUGCCAGCCUGCAGGCUGCCAUUGCUGAUGCUGAGCAGCGAGGUGAGCUGGCCCUCAAGGAUGCCAGGAGCAAGCUGGAAGGGCUGGAGGAUGCCCUGCAGAAGGCCAAGCAGGACAUGGCCAGGCUGCUGAAGGAAUACCAAGAGCUCAUGAAUGUCAAGCUGGCCUUGGACGUGGAGAUUGCCACCUACAGGAAGCUGCUGGAAGGCGAGGAGUGCAGGUUGAGCGGUGAAGGCGUGGGACCAGUCAACAUCUGUAAGUAUCGAGUUGUGUGUCUUCCUGUCUCAGCCCUUGUGAGCUGGCUUGCCGUGGUGCAGUCCACCGUCUCCAGUGGCUAUGGCAGUGCCGGUGGUGCCAGCAGUGGCUUAGGCCUAGGCGGAAGUGGCAGCUACUCCUACAGCAGUGGUCACAACCUUGGAGGUGGCUUCAGUUCUAGCAGUGGCAGAGGCAUUGGGGGCAGCCUGAGCACCUCUGGGGGCAGCACCUCUACCAUCAAAUACACUACCACCUCCUCCAGCAGGAAGAGCUACCGGCACUAA